AUGGCUACCGAAGAACCUAUUAUCGCCGUUGAACCCGAGCUUGAACCAGCGACCGCCGAACCUCCAGUCUCGGAGAAAGUGGAGGAACCAAAGGCUCAAACUGAGAAGACGAAGAAAACCAAGGAAUCCAAGCCUAAAAAAGCUUCCAAACCACGAAACCCUGCUUUACAUCCUACUUACGAAGAGAUGAUUAAGGAUGCAAUAGUGUCGCUGAAGGAGAAGAAUGGUUCAAGCCAAUACGCGAUUGCAAAGUUCAUUGAAGAGAAGCACAAACAGCUUCCUGCCAACUUCAAGAAGCUAUUGCUCCAAAAUUUGAAGAAAAAAGUUGCUUCUGGAAAGCUUGUUAAGGUUAAAGGUUCGUUCAAGCUUUCUGCAGCUGCGAAAAAGCCCGCAGUCGCCAAGCCGAAGUCAAAGCCAGCUGCCAAGGUGAAGUCUGUGAAGGCUAAGCCAGCUGCCAAGGUAAAGGCUGUGAAGGCUAAGCCAGCUGCUAAGCCAAAAGCUAAAGCUGUUGUAAAAACAAAGGUUGCUUCAAAGGCAAAAUCUGCUACUACCAAGCCCAAAGCUGCUGCCAAGCCUAAAACUGUUGCUAAGCCCAAGGCAAGGCCUGCAAAGGUUGCAAGAACAUCGGCUAAGACUACACCAGGGAAGAAAGUUGCUGUUGCAAAAACCGCACCUAAGAAAGCAGUGGCAGCAAAGAAGGCUCCGGUGAAGAGUGUGAAGUCUCCAGCGAAGAAGGCUUCCGGGGUGAAGAGAGGGGGAAGGAAAUGA